AGCCAGCUACUAUCGGAAGGGGGGUUGUGCAAUGUUGCCCGUCAAAUGGAUGCCUCCUGAGGCUUUCAUGGAAGGGAUAUUUACAUCAAAAACAGACACGUGGUCCUUUGGCGUACUGCUGUGGGAGAUAUUCUCUCUGGGAUACAUGCCCUACCCUAGCAAAAGUAACCAGGAGGUUCUGGAGUUUGUGACCAAUGGAGGAAGGAUGGAUCCACCUAAAAACUGCCCUGGCCCUGUUUAUCGCAUAAUGACCCAAUGUUGGCAGCACCAGCCUGAAGACCGGCCAAAUUUUGCCAUAAUCCUGGAGAGGAUUGAGUACUGCACUCAGGAUCCAGAUGUCAUCAACACUGCUUUGCCGAUAGAAUAUGGCCCAACAGCUGAGGAGGAGGAGAAAGCAGCGAUGCGUCCUGAUGAUCCAGAAGGAAUUCCUCCUCUCUUGGUCUCCACACACCAAGACAGAAAGGAUGACAAGCAAACUCUGCCAUCUCCACCACCCCUGCCAUCAGCCAUCACUGCUGGAAAAUCUCUGGGGAAAGUGGGAGCCUUGGAACCACCAGUGCCAGGAAGGGUGCAGUCAGCCUCCACGGGGGGACAUAUCAACAUGGCCUAUGCCCAGUCCAAUCCCCCCUCUGAGCUGCACAGAAGCCGGGGCUCCAGAAACAAGCCCACCAACCUCUGGAAUCCAACCUACGGUUCCUGGUUUGCCGAGAAGCAGCAGGCCAGCAAAGGCAGCAGUUCUCUGCUGGAGAAGGAGAUGCCGGAGAGGGAGAAUUUGGGACAGGAAGGAAACUGUACUGUGGGGCCCAACAUUGUGACUGGCAGGCUGCCAGGCUCCUCCCUGCUAUUAGAGCCAUCUUCCCUAACAGCAAGCGUUAAAGAAGUGCCUCUCUUUAGGCUCCGCCACUUCCCCUGUGGCAACGUCAACUACGGAUACCAACAGCAGGGCUUACCCUUGGAAGCCUCCACGCCACCUUGCGCCAGCAGUUACGAGGACCCUGUCCCUCGAAACAAGAGCCACAUAACCCAGCAGGGGCCAUGA